UUAAACGUGCCUCUUUUUGAGUAUGUAAACCGUCCAAAUAUAUCCGAGGUUGUUUUUGAAAAAAAUGGCCGAGGAGUUCCGAAUGCUCAUAAUGAAUCCAGCGAUAAAAUCCGAAUGUAUCCAAAUGAAUCAAGCAAAGUAAACGUGUCAAAUGUAAUGAAUAUUGGAUUUAUUUCAGUUUAAAUUGCGUAUGAUAUAAAUCCUUCUACUUCAGCCAUGUUCUCAAAAUCAGAUACUCGGGAAGAAGCGCUGAAUUGAGAUAUCAAAACAAGAUUUGGACUUGACGGUCAAAUGUGAAGACACAAGUGCUCAUUUCGCUCAUAUGCACUUAGAACGUGCAGAUCACUAUAAGGACAAUAGUUUAUAAACUAAACAAUUUGAUCUGAAGUUAAAGUCACACCGGGCGUAGUAUUCUGCUAAGUUUAAAAUGGCGACAGGUGGACUCAAUGAUAAAAAGAUAUCAAACAUCAUAAAUAUGUUUGAGAAAUCGAGUUUUUUAAAACAUUCUCACUUUUGCAAUCCGUGCAAAUUUGACAACCGUGACGAAAUUGCAAUAGGCUUUUGCAUUCCCUGUUGUGAAUAUCUUUGCAAAACUUGCUGUCGAGAUCACUACAAGUAUAAAGUUACUAGGAACCAUGUUGUAUUGAAGGAUCAGGAUUUUCCUGAAGACAUUGCGCCAUUUUGGGCAAUAAAAGAAUUAAGGAAAUGUAGCGUCCACACAUAUGAAGAAGUUACACACGAAUGUGUAGACCAUAGUUGCUUUAUAUGUGUCACCUGUAUCACAGAAGGGCAUCGACAGUGUGGCGAGGUUAAGAAAUUAGGGUCUGAAAACAGCAUGGAUGUUAAUGGCUUUGAUUUGAAAAAAAUUGCUUCUCUUCAGAUGAAAGCAAUGAAUUGUAAGCUACGAUCGGAAUGUAAUACUCUUUGUAAAUUGGUGGGAAAAGAAACAGCUGACAUCGAAAACAGUGAAGUAAAAUCGAAAACAAUAGAGCGGAUUGAGAUGAUAAAUUCUGACUUGCAAGAUAAGUUGAGAUUAUCAUCAAACUCUGAGAUACACACGAUUUCAGAGACCACAACGCAGUGCAAACGGAUUGAAGGUGAGCUAAAUGAACUUCAAAACAUGGCCAGCAUCAUGUCACAACAUGGUUCAAUAGCUGAAAGAGUAAUGGUUUCGAAACACGUUGAUAAAAGGGUAGAUGAUUUGGUUUCAGAACUUGAAUGCCUUGAAAAGUCAACUAUAUUGCAUUGUAGAACUGAGAAUCCUAUUGGUGUUGAAGAUCCAGCGAUUGAAUUCAGCAGCGAUGACGUUGUAAAUGAAGAUUUUGUCGAUACAUCUGACAAAAAGAAUGCGUGUUGCAGCUCUGCCAACUCUUCCUAUUCCGAUAAAGGCACACAGACUGAUGACACACAACGCAACAUUCAAGAGAUUCAAACGGUACACCAAGCAAUCAAUGUAAAACGUCCUCUUAUAAUAAGGGAAUGCUUCCAAGAAACAAAGUAUCCAAUUCGGACAACUACUGACCCUUACCCAUGCGAUGUUCUUGCAUUGCAACAGCUUUUUGAUGGACGUGUUUUGUUAGCCGAUCAUUCAAACAGAAAACUAAAGUUGUUUGAUAAACUGUUUCGUCUGAUUCGGGAAGUAAGCUUACCUGACUGUCCGACUGAUAUUUGCAUCAACCAUAGAGGGAUUUUUGUAUGCUUCUCCACUUCAAAAUUUAUCCAUAGGUACACAAUAGAUGGAGAGUCUAAAAUAUAUGAAUCAACAAAGUUUCCCACUCGAUACCAGGCAGUAAGCUUAGAUUCAUACGAUGAAGAGAGAAUUUCGAUUCUUUUUCUAAAAGGGGGUGAUUUUGAUGACACUGAGGCUGAUGAUGUAGUAAUAGAGGUUCGCGAUGGAAGCGCUAUCGAUGAAUCAUUAGAAUUCCCUGACGACGAUGACGAGUUCGAAUACGUACAAGACGCGAAGAAAAUAUGUAAUAUUUCCCCAUCAACGUUUCUUUUAGCCGAGGAUGAGAGAAUAUCGUGUUACUUUUUUGAUACGGAAGAUGAAGAUCAGGAUAAACGAGAAUGGUACUACAAGUCACACGGCAAUAAGUGUUUGCAGAAGGCUAGAGGGAUGUGUUUAGACAGCGAGGAUAAUGUGUAUGUUUGCGGUGAAGAGUCUAACAACGUGCAUCAAGUUUCUUCCUGUAAUUAUCGUGAAAGUCGUGUACUGAUUAAAAACAUCAGAGAGCCAGUAGCUGUCGUGAUGGAUGAAUGUAACGAUAGGUUGAUAGUAUCGUGUCGCAAUGAUGACUGUGUACAUGUUUUCUGUUUAAAAUGAAUAACUGCACGGGGCUCUCAUACAUGCACUUGUAUAUGGACUGACUUGAAGAAAGUAACUAUUAAAAAUGUAAUCGCUAUGUGAAAAUGAAAUUGUUAGGUAAGAGAGUAGUGUUUUUCUCUUUGUCGAUAAUUGAAAAAUACCCUGGUUAGACAUGAUGUUUUCGUAAAGAGGAGUUUAACUUCUUAUUGAUAUUGUUUUUUUAUUGUGUAAAAUAUGUUUGUGCUUUUCAAACGCAAGGGUGAUUGGUGUUCUAUAUUUACCAUAUGAGUGAUUGUAAUAACGGUUCUGUCUCAGAUCUAAUUAUGUUGUUAAUUAAUGUGUGUGUAGUCUUGGUUAUAAUUACUGAUAGCUUUAACUAAACUUUUUUUCAUAUGUGUAUAUUUAAAAUGAACAAUACACUUAUGAUGGCUCCGUAGCCGUUUCGCAGUUCAUUACUUUUGUUUGACAUGCACAUAGUUAUGCUAUUUGUUUCAUAUCAACAACAGGCCCAAAGUCUUAUUAUGUGCACGUAGUCAGAAAUAAAGACUUAUAUUUAAAAAAUUACGUAAAUUUACGUACUGUUCGCAUUGCUUAAGAUUGUGUUAACAAUAAUAUGAUGUCAUUUUCGAAAAUGAGACAUGCAGAGAUAAAAGUGACAUGAUAUUUUUUCAAAUAAUAUAUCUCAUAAGCAGGCAAUCUGAGCUAUUAAUUAAACAAAUUUUAUCUCUAAUUCCAAUCUUACAUUAGAUAAAUGUUUGUUUUGUUACGUAAUGCUUUGUUUAAAUAAGAUUUUGAUGCUUAAUAAGAUUUUGAUGUUUAUGUGAAUUGACUAUUUCGAAUAAGGAGAGCUAUACUUCCAACCUUAGCGUCGGCCUCGGCGUCGCACCUUGGUUAAGGUUUUGCAUGUAAGCACCUUUAAUUCAAUAUUUCAGCAAAUACAUCAUGUAUUACAUUGGAACAUUAGAUAUAAUCAAUCCAACCUGUAUAAUUAAUAAAGUUAGAUAACGCUUAUUUGAAUAUAAUGCAAAUCAUGGGACUAAAUUAUUCAACUUCGAAAUUCUGGUUAAGGUUUUGCACUAAGGACACAUAGGUAAAUAUCAUAUGGCAUCUAUUCGAUGUAUUGCAUUAUCCAUAUAGGUUAGCAAGGAUAGUUCGGUUCUCAUGCUUGAUUGACUAAACAAAAUUGAAGAAAACACAGCCGUUCCAUUAAAAUGACAGUAUGCAUAGUUUCUAUUUCUUUUCUUUUUUGUCUUUUCCAUGGGUAGUAAAUUUAAUAUGUUUACAUUGAUAACCCACCUUUCGGAUUAAGUACCUGUUUGUCUUAUCCUGAUGUAAUACACUUGAUGUGUUCUCAUUCGUUAAAAUAAUCACUUAAAUAAGGAGCCUUGUUAUGAGCUCCAAAAUGAAUUCAUAAGGGGCCGAAUGCACUCAACUCAAACGCAGGACCAAAACGAUCAUUUAAAACAAACAUGACUGUCAUAAGCCGAACAUCGUUCAAGAUAUAACCUGUCAUUUUGGUUCUCACUCGUGUAUAAUCAAUUGAGAUUGUCUGGCUUAAGUACCCGGUGAGUCAUGUCGAUCAAUUCGGAUAAUAUCAACUUGUGAUUUAAAAUGUUUGUGUACUUUUGAUAAAUGAGUUUGUGACUGCAUACGAGUUCAUGCAUUUGCUUAUAGAAAGUAUUAAAUAUGUCGGAUACUUUCUUUUAACGUAUCACUCCGCCAUCUGAAUAAUGAUCCUGAUCAAAAGCAUCUCUUCUACUUUAAAACUGUUGCAUACUCAUUGGCCUUUAUGGUUAUAUGAUCAAUAAGAAUGCUAAAAGAUGACAAAAACAAUAACUUAGAACUGUAAUGCUUUAUAGAAGUGCCAAAAGGAGUUCGUUAAAAGCACGCAUUUGGGAUUUUAAAAAUGCAUAAAACAAAUCAAGUUUCGCACAUUUCAUCGGAACAAUUAUUUCUCAGAUUGAUGUCAUACAAUUAGUCGCGUUGGAAUUAACAUAUAUUUCUAAGGGAAAUAUAAAUUGUAAACGUUGCGGACGUGCAUGCGUUCAAUGGUUACUUGAGGGUCGUUUAUUAUAUAUUUACAUUCAUACCUGAUUUUCUGAACGAUAAAAUAGAGUUCAUUUUGCAUGAACCGGUCGACAUUUCGUGCCCGGAGUUUAGCAAGAAAACAACGCUCUGGUUCGGCGCUGCUGAAUCAUCGUGCGUAGAGAUCUUACUACUUAAUUGCUAAAUAUAGCACGGCACAUGUACAUAAACAACUUAAAAUAUGAUACAAAUGUGUCCAGUUUUAAGUUUAUGUCGAGAUGCAUUUUCUUCUCAUUAGAAUGAUGUAAUGGUAUCUCUUAAAUUAAAGAAGAACAGUUUAAAAAUUAAUAACUUAUCAUUAAACAAUAUUUAAAUACGUACAUGAAAUGGGUAAUGAUUAGAGACUGUCAAAUAUUCAUGCAUUUGUCGAGUUAGAACAGUCGUCUAAAACUGUCAAUUCGAGGAAAUUAGCACAUAAUUUAACUUCAGUUUUGUGGGAAAACGUUAAAAAAGAAACAAAAAUAAAAUACUGACGCUAUUUUUACCUUGAACUGAACGUAAUCCAUAACAUCAUCGUGACCACAUUUUUAUGCCCACUCACAUGGUCAUACAUAUGUAAAACAGGAGUUAAAAUAUAUCGAUGUUUUUCAUGAUUAAAACAAGAAUAUAACAACCCAAAUAAUUAUUUCCACAAUAUAUUUUUAGUAUCUACCAGAUGAUUAAAAAGAGUCUUGGAUUGUAUAUAUUUUCUGCAAAUUAUUUCUGGACAAUUUUUUAUGCGGAGGACAAAAAGAACGUCAAUCUUAAAAACCAAGGGCGACAAGUGUUCUUACCAUUUACAUUUGCUCUCGCGUUUAGUUCCCUGAAUUUAUAUUAAAGACUUGUUCUCGAACUCUUUUAGGUCGAAAAAAUAAAACCAAUAAUGAGGGAAAAUGUAAAUAUUAGGAUUGUUCACCUCUUGGAAAAUGCCGGCAACAUAAGCUUUGGCACGUCAACCAGGGGUCAGCCAUUGCAUUCAAACUUUUAACAAUCAAGUAUGAUAAACAUAAUGCAGAUCUUGUCCCUUGAUUAUUUGACCUAGAAAUUCUGGGUAAGGUUUUGCAUUGAAUCCAAUUUUACAGUGGUCCAUGCAUGUUUCACAAGUUUUGCAAUUCUUAAAUUUAAAAUUGGCGGAAUAGUCGAGUGCGCUGUCACUAUGGCAGUUCUUGUUAUUUUGCAAAUACGAAUGUCAAUCUCCAUAUAGAUGAGUAAGGAUAGUUUAAGAUGUUCUGUUUUCAUGCUUGAUUAAAUAAACAGUAUUUAAGAAAACACAGCCUUUCCAUUAAAAUAACAAUAUGCAUCCUUUCGAUAACUUCUUCUUGUUUGACGAAUGAUGUUGGAGAUACGCCAAAAUAAUAUGGAUGCAAAAUGUCUGAAUACCCGUUAGAUAGUCUGUUUGACGAAAGAAGGUCGAAAUAUGCCGAAAUGAUAGGUGACCAAAAUGUCCGAAUACCCGUUAGAUAGAAUAUUUGACGAAAGUAGGUCGAAAAACGCCAAAAUGAUAAGGGACCGAAAUGUCCCAAUACCCGUUAAGAUAGUCUGACGAAAGAAGGUCGAGAUACGCCAAAACGAUCAGUUGUCUAAAGGUCCGGAUACCAUUUGGAUUGUCUGUUUGACAAAAAAAUAGUCGAGAUACGCACAAUUGAUAAGGUGCCAAAAUAUCAAGAUACCAUUUUA